AGGCAGCAUAUAAGACCGGACAAGUGUGAAUGGUAUUCAAAUAAGAAUUCAGGCUCCCUCUUUUAUUCCAAAAACCUCAAGCAAAAAAAAAGAUAUACAAGUGUAAUACGCACCCGUCGGCCGUCUUGACACAAGUUAUAAGUUGGCUACUUGUCAAACCUCUCCUAUCGGGAAUUUGAAAUGAUUCUCGUCAUCGCUUUUGUGUUCGUUUUUCUAUCCUGUCCAACUCUUCUAUGCUCUGCUACAUAUGUCAAUACAUCUAAGCCUAUCUGCCCGCAAAGAUUCAGUUGCCAAGAUUUUGGUCCGUUCAGCUACCCUUUUUACAAUACUACUGUUACUCGAUGUGGUUUGAUCAAGGUUGACUGUACUAUGGGUAACGAGACGAUUCAAUUUGGAGGACACUCAUAUGUGAUUGUUAACAAGUAUUUUGGUAGUCCUUCCGUCAGCAUCCAAAACACCACAUUUCAAAAACUUGUAGACACAAAAAGCUGUGAGGCUCUUAUGAAUAAUUUCACUUCGCCAACUCCUCAUUUGUUUUCCAUCUCAAUCGCACCCCUCGUGACUCUCUUCAAAUGCCCUAAACAUCGCAAUUAUAGUACAGAUUUUGAUGCUUAUUUUGACCAACCUGAUUAUAUUAGCUACAAGAGAUGCAAACAUCACAAUGUCUACUAUAAGCAUCCCAUCAGCACUACACCAGUUCCAAGUGAUCUCCCACAUAGUUGUGAAGUAAUACAGCUUCCAGGGAGAGCGGAAAGGAGCGUAUCUAAUUACACCGAUAUAUUUUCUCUUCUCACUUCUCAGUUUUUUAUAUCUUUUUGGUCACCUUCCUGUAACGAGUGUCGUAAGAAAGACAACUGCCUUAACAAUGAAAAUUUUGAGUGUUUGGAUGCUAAAAAAGGAAAACAAGUCAAAAAAUGGAUACCGAUCCUAGGUGUGGCAACUCUCUGUGUAGGAGCUGUGGCAACAUUAAUCAUCAUAUUAUGUUUAAAAGGGAAACUUAGAUGGAGAAAAGAGGCCACGUACAACGAAAACGCUGAAAUAUUUCUAAAGAAUAAUGAAUUUCUUGCUCCAAAAAGGUACUCUUAUUCACAAGUCCAGAAGAUUACAAGCUCCUUUCAAGUCAAACUGGGCCAAGGCGGCUUUGGGUCUGUGUACAAAGGAUCAUUAAGCAAUGGAAAUUUAGUGGCAGUGAAGAUUAUAAGUGAAUCAAAAGGUAAUGGAGAAGAUUUCAUUAAUGAAGUAGCCAGUGUGAGUAGGACUUCCCAUGUUAAUGUCGUUACUCUUGUUGGAUUUUGUUUAGAGGGUCGACGAAGAGCUUUAAUAUAUGAAUUCAUGCCUAAUGGAUCCCUUGAGAAGUUCAUAUACGGUCGGAGUUCUUCAAAUAUUAGUCAACUUGGGUGGGAAAAGUUGCACCAGAUUGCUAUCGGGAUUGCUAGAGGAUUAGAAUACUUGCAUAGGGGUUGUAACACACAAAUCUUACAUUUCGACAUAAAGCCCCAUAAUAUACUUUUGGAUCAAGAUUUUUGCCCUAAGAUAUCCGACUUCGGACUGGCAAAGCGAUUCCUUGAGAAAAGAAGCAUGAUAUCCAUGUCUUGUGUGAGGGGAACACCUGGAUAUAUUGCUCCUGAAAUAGUUUCUAGGAGUUUCGGUCAUGUGUCCCACAAAUCAGAUGUUUAUAGUUAUGGAAUGAUGAUCCUAGAAAUGGUUGGAGGGAGGAGAAAUGUUGAGACUGAAGUUGAUCAUACAAGUGAAAUAUACUUUCCUCAUUGGAUAUAUAAGAAAGUUGAGAUAGAAGAACAACUUGGACUGGAUGGGAUUGUGAGCGAAGAAGAAAAUGAGAUGGCAAGGAAGAUGAUUAUUGUGGGUUUGUGGUGCAUACAAACUAAUCCCUUGAGCCGUCCGGAAAUCACCAAGGUGUUGGAGAUGUUAGAAGGGGGCUUAGAGUUACUGGAAAUCCCUCCAAAACCUUAUAUGUAUUCACCGUAAUGAUCAGUUGAUCUGUCAACUACAGAUUUGUUGCAUGUUUAUUGUUUACUACCUGACACUACAAUGUUUUUGUAACCUAAGUACAGCUAUGUUAAUUUAUUCCUUAUGGCUGCUGAGUGCAUAUACAAGGUUUUUUUUUUUU